AUGCAUGCCCUCUACUCCUCUCUCCUCCCCCCAUCGGCCAUCCAUCACUCCCUCUUCCUUCCUCACUUCACCCCAUCAACCAUCUACCCACUCCCCAAACCUCAUGUCGCCCUCGAGAUCCCAGAGAUCAAAGUCCGAGGCAACCUGAUCGUCGCAGGAGGGCAGGGUCUUCGCGUCUUCGAAAUCCGCGAGGAGACGGCGGCAGUCCCCGACCAGGGUGCUACCGAGGACAGGCAAGAUGGAGAUGUGGACGUAGGGGACAGCUUCUUUGAUUCGGCGCCAGCAGAUCGUGCGCCGGUGCGCUUCGAGGCAACCCUACGAUUACAUCUCCUUACGCGCCACACGUUGCACGGCGUGGUCACCGGCCUCGCGCCGCUGCGUACAAUCGAAAGUGGAGUGGACGGACUGGACCGUCUGCUGGUGUCGUUCAAGGACGCCAAGAUGGCCAUCCUCGAGUGGUCGCGGGGGGACAUUGCGACCGUCUCGCUGCACACAUACGAGCGAUGCCAGCAGAUGGUCAACGGCGACUUGCAGGGCUACGUCCCAAUGCUGCGCAGCGACCCACUCUCGCGCCUCGCCAUCCUCACGAUGCCAGAAGACUCGCUCGCCAUCCUCCCCAUCCUCCAAGAACAAUCCGAAUUGGAUCCGCUGCAGGACAACCUUAUUCAUGACGUACCAUACUCUCCAUCCUUCGUGCUCCCGCUCGCAGACAUCUCACCGACGAUCAAGAACUUGCAGGACCUCCUCUUCCUACCAGGAUUCCAUUCGCCCACCGUCGCUCUGCUCUUCGAGCCCACGCACACUUGGGCAGGCAAGUUCCGCACCAGCAAGGACACCUUCCGACUCGAGAUCCGCACCAUCGACCUGAGCGCUGGCGGUUCCUAUCCACUCUUGACGAGCGUGACGGGCCUCCCCGCCGACUCCCAGUACCUCGUUCCCUGCCCGACAGAGGUGGGCGGCAUUGCGAUCGUGACGGGCAACGGCAUCGUGCAUGUCGACCAGGGUGGACGCAUCGUAUCAGCCGCUGUCAACGCAUGGUGGGGUCUCUCCACAUCACUGGGAACCAACCGUGACUCGGAGGGGCGCAAGCUGAAGCUCGAAGGCUCGCAUGCCGAGUUUGUCGGCCCCAACGACAUGCUCCUUGUGCUCGCGAACGGACAGACGCACCAAGUCCGCUUCGAGAUGGACGGCCGCGCGGUCGGCGCCAUCAAGGUCGACGAGGCUACCAGCAAUGUGCCUCCCCCGUCCACAAUGGUUAUGGCUGGCGCACAGGGAUUGUUUAUCGGCUCCGCAGAGGGCGACUCGCUCCUUGCCAAGGUCGAGCUGGUGCGCGAGGUCAUCGAGGCGGACGCAAAGGAGGAAAAGAAGGGAGAGGAGAUGGAGGUGGACUGGGACGAGGACCUUUACGGUGAAAGUGCGCCGACGGCAAACGGGACGGCGAAUGGCACAGCGAGAGCAGUGCUGACGGGGCCCGCCAACGUCAACUUGAUAGAGCAGGACAGGUUGAGUGGCAUUGGGCGCAUCUCGGCCAUCGAGUUUGGUAUCGCCGUCACGGACCAAGGCACAAGGACAUAUCCUCAGCUUGUGGCUCUUGGUGGUGGGAGCGCUGGAUCGACCGUCAACGUUUUCAGGCGAGGCAUCCCCAUCACCAAGAAGCGUCGCUUCGACCAGCUCGCCAACGCCAACGCGACCUGGUUCUUGCCUAUCCAACGACCGACCGCCCAGAAGUUCAAGGACAUACCAGACAACGAGCUGUCGACAAUCUUAGUGGCGACUGACACAGUACAGACACGAAUCUACGCCUUAUCAACAAAGGCCACGCAGGAGCAGAUCAAGCGGCUGGAGGAGCCGGCGAUCAAUGUCGGCACGUUCUUCCAACGCUCGAGCAUCCUGCACGUAUCGGCAACGCAGGUGGUGUUGCUGGACCAAGACGGCGAGGAGCAGCAGGUUGUCUGCCCAGCCUCUGAUCUCGCGCCGAUCGUGAGCGCAUCGAUAUCUGACCCGUAUGUCAUUGUCAGGCGAUCCGACGGUUCAGUAACGCUCUUCGUGGGAGACUCAGUCGGGCGCACCAUCUCAAAGGCGAGCCUUUCCAAGCCGCUGCCCGAGUGUCAGGCCGCAGACGUGUUUACAGACACGAGCGGUGUGUUCAGGACGUUCGAGGCGACGGAACGCAAGGAGGAACUGCAUGCUGCGCCGUCGGGCUUCAGCCAGCGCAACGCGCAGCGCGGGCGAACGCAGCUCACAGGCGAGCAGCUCAAGAGACUGCAGGAAUCGAAACCUGCCAUUGCUGUCGAAGCCGAGACGACCGAAUCGGCGUUCAACGCUGCCCGCGGGACGCAAUGGCUUGUCUUGCUUACGACAGCCGGCGCGCUCCAGAUCCGCAGGCUGCCAGACUUCACCCUCGUCCUUGAAUCGAACGGCCUUUCCAACUCGGAGCCGUCGUUCACGGACGACAUUGGCGGCGAGACAGAUGCGGCAGACACGGAGGACGGAGUACGGCAGAUGAUCAUGUGCCCCAUCGGCAAGCGCACGGUUCGGCCGCACCUGCUGGUGUUGCACGACUCGGGCCGUUUCAACAUCUACGAGGCGCAGUCGCGGUUCACGCUCGACGCGCGCGACCAGUCGCGCCGGUCGCUGGCCGUCCGCUUCCGCAAGGUGUAUACGCAGCUGCUGGCGCAGACCGCCAUCUCGAACUUGGGAUACAACAUUGUGCCGUUUGCCGACCUUGAGGGACUCACGGGCGCGUUCAUCACGGGUGAGCGCCCGCACUGGAUCCUCGCGUCGGACGCACAUCCCGUGCACGCGUACGGAUUGAAACAGGCUGCUUACGCGUUCGGCCGCACGACGCACCACGGUGGUACCGGCGAGUACUUCUUGCGCAUAGAAGACGGGAGCUUCAUCUGCUAUCUGCCUCCAACGCUCAAUACGGACUUUGCAAUGCCGUGCGACCGUUACGCCAUGGAACGGACGUAUACGGCCAUUGCGUUUGACCCGCCUUCGGGACACUAUGUCGGCGCGUCCAACAUCUCAGUGCCCUUCCAGGCGUACGACGAGGAGGGUGAGAUCCAGGAGGGACCAGAGGGCGAGAACCUCGUGCCUCCACUGAACGAACGAGCGACGCUUGAGCUCUUUAGUGCUGGCAGUGAUCCCUGGCGUGUGCUUGACGGCUACGACUUUGAUCAGAACGAGGCGAUCCUCGCCGUCCAGAGCGUCAACCUCGAGAGUGCGGCGAGUCCGACUGGUUUCCGCGACUUUAUCGCGGUCGGGACAGGCAAGAACUUUGGCGAGGACCGUGCCUCCCAUGGCGCAGUAUACAUCUUCGAGGUGGACGAGUUGGUUGGCGUGGCGCCGGGCAAGCCAGGCUUCCGCCUCCGCUUCUGCACCAAGGACCCGACGCGCAACCCCGUCAGCGCGCUGGCCAACCUGGGCCCAUACCUGAUCCACUCGAACGGACCAAAGAUCCUCGCAAAGGGCCUCGACUACGACGACCGUCUGAUGGGCCUCGCGUUCCUCGACGUGUCGAUGUACGUGACCUCACUGACGGUGUUCAAGAACCUUAUCUUGGUGGGCGACUUUGUCAAGUCGCUCGUCUUUGCCACUCUCCAGGAGAAUCCGUACAAAUUUACGACGGUCGCGCGCGACUUAACUGACCGCUCGCUCGUCAGCGCCGACCUUUUAGUUAUGGAGGGCUCGUCGGCGUUUGUCACGAGCGAUCGGGCUGGCGACCUGCGCCUGCUGACAUUUGACCCCGCAGACCCGGACAGUUUGAAUGGCGAGAAGCUCAUUCUCAAGACGGAAUUCCAUUGCGCAACGCCACUGACAGCGUCCAAGACUAUUGCUCGUCGCAGGGGACCAGAGGAGGACGUCGCGCAGCAGACGCAGCUGAUCUACGCCACCGCCGACGGCGCACUCACCACCCUGGUAACGGUCAAGGCUGCGCGUGCCAAGCGCCUCCAGUUCGUGCAGGACCAGCUGGUACGCAAUGCUCCCCACGUCGCCGGCUUGAACCCGCGCGCGUUCCGCAGCGUGCGUAACGACUUGGUGCCCCGACCCUUGACCAAGGGUAUCCUGGACGGCGCGCUGCUUGAGCACUUUGCGCUGCAGCCCAUCAAGCGUCAGAAUGAGAUGAUGCGCCAGAUCGGCACGGAUGUAGUCACAGUCGCUAGCGAUUUGUACGCGUUGAGCGGGUUCUGGUAG